AUGCUUAACAAGCCUCACCCGGCCUCUAAUUCUCAGACACCCUCUUCUUCGGCAUCUAUCACGGAGAUUCGUCCAAUCAAGCCUGAACCUACAGCUUCAGCCCCUCUCAACGAUUCUAGCUCCUCCCCCGUCCGUCCCUCCGAGGACCAUCUAUUCAGAAGCAUUUCCAUCCGCAGAAAAUCUCAGACAUCUAUUUCGCCCACCCAAGAUCAGAAACUGCAUAGUGGAGGCGAAGAGUCGGUUGAGAUUGAGAGACUUUUAUCCAAGAUCUUUGGACAGAAUAGACAAGCAGUCUCCGAGGAGGAGAAAACCCGUCAUGUCGGGGUUAUCUUCAAAGAUCUAACCGUGAAGGGCGGGGGUCUCGGAGCAUCCCUCCAGCCCACCAAUUCCGAUUUUGUCAUGGGCCCUUUGAGAGGAAUUAAGGCUCUCUUCACUGGAAAAUUAUUCAGGAAGGCUCCCAUCAGGACGAUUAUCAAUUCGUUUACGGGGUGCAUCAAGCCCAGUGAAAUGCUACUCGUCCUGGGAAGGCCAGGAUCCGGGUGUUCCACCUUUUUAAAGGUUAUUGGAAAUCAGAGGAGCGGAUUCGAAUCCAUUACGGGAGAGGUCACAUAUGGCGGUACCGACUGGACCGACAUGGCCAAGAACUUCCGCGGUGAGGUUCUGUACAAUCCCGAAGAGGACCUUCACUAUGCAACCUUAACCGUAAAGGACACUAUCCGCUUCGCACUUCAGACCAGAACUCCCGGAAAGGAAUCUCGUGCUGAUGGGGAAACGCGGGGUGCCUAUGUUGAGGAGUUCUUGCGGGUUGUAUCUAAAUUGUUCUGGAUUGAACAUACUUUGGACACCCGCAUCGGCAAUGCUAUCAUUCGUGGUGUUUCUGGAGGCGAGAAAAAGAGAGUAUCCAUCGCGGAGGCCAUGGUGACAAAGGCGAGUUGUCAAUGUUGGGAUAACUCAACAAAAGGACUUGACUCUAGCACCGCCAUGGAGUAUGUUUCUUCACUGCGGAGCUUAACCAAUAUGGCCCGCAUAUCGACUCUUGUGGCGUUAUACCAAGCAGGCGAAAGCCUUUAUGGACUAUUUGACAAGGUUCUUGUCAUUGACCAAGGGCGCUGUGCAUACUUCGGACCCACUGAGGACGCAAAGCAAUACUUCGAGGACCUCGGUUUCGUGUGUCCACCACGCUGGACAACGGCAGACUUCUUAACUUCCGUCACCAACCCGCACGAACGCCAUGUUCAGCCUGGCUGGGAGGCUCGCAUACCAAGGACGGCCGAAGAAUUCGAGGCUGCAUAUCUAUGCAGCACCGCCAACCAGAAGAAUCUGACAGACAUCACCGAUUUCGAGGAUUCCAUCGAUCAGCAACGUGAAGCACGAGCUCUCGAAACAUCAAAUGCCACCAAGAGAAAGAACUAUACGAUCUCCUUUCAGAAGCAGGUGAUGGCAUGCACAUCAAGACAGUUCAAGGUCAUGCUCGGCGACAGGUUCAGUUUGUGUGCUAGGUGGAUUGGUGUCGCCCUUCAGAGCGUCAUAAUAGGGAGUCUUUUCUAUGAGCUCCCCGCCAAUGCUCGUGGAGUCUUUCCCCGCGGCGGUAUCUUGUUCUUUACUCUCUUGAUGAACGCACUGCUCGCAAUGGCUGAACUGGGAAUCGGAUUCCAGUCCCGUCCAAUCCUUAUGAAACAUAAAGCUUUUUCAUUCUACAGACCCUCGGCGUAUGCUAUUGCACAGGUUAUGGCGGAUAUACCACUGUGUUUGAUGCAGGUAUUGAUAUGGGGUGUGAUCACCUACUUUAUGUCAAACCUACGACGCACGGCUUCACAUUUUUUUAUAUUUAUUCUCAUCACUUUUAUCAUGAGUUUGUCCAUGUAUUCGUUUUUCCGCAUGAUCGCCGCCUGGUCCAACAGUCUGGAUUCCGCUACCCAAGUGACUGGAGUUGCGAUUCAAGCGUUAAUCGUGUACACCGGUUACUUGAUUCCACCCGUUUCUAUGCAUCCCUGGUUUGCGUGGCUCCGUUGGAUCAAUCCGGUCCAAUACUCCUUUGAAGUGUUGAUGGCCAACGAGUUCGACGGCCUCAACAUCGAAUGUGUACCGCCUUUCCUGGUCCCGGCCGGAGGUCCCGGCGUAACGCCAGAGAAUCAAGGCUGCCUCCUUCGGGGCAAUCAGCCCGGUUCGACUAUCGUCCAAGGAGCAGACUAUAUUUUCCAACAAUACACCUAUACCCGCGCUCAUCUGUGGAGAAACAUCGGCAUCGUUAUCGGAUUUUGGAUAUUCUUUGCCGUACUAACGGCUGUCGGUCUAGAGAUCCAACGGCCCUAUAGGGACGGUGCGGCGGUAACGGUCUUUGUGCGCGGCGAAACCCCGGAGCAGGUUAAGAAGGCUCUGGAUGCUGGUGCACCCCCACCUGCGGACGAAGAGAUGGCUGAAAAGGACUUGACCACCACCACGGCUGCUGAGGCCUCGAAAGAAGAUCGUGCCAUCGACCAGGUUGCAAAGAACGAUACUGUCUUCACGUGGCAGAACGUCACGUACAAAAUCCCGACGAAAACCGGUGAAAAAAUAUUGCUUAACAAUGUUUCUGGAUACGUCCGCCCCGGAAAACUGACGGCACUAAUGGGCGAGUCUGGAGCCGGUAAGACGACGCUCCUGAAUACCCUUGCUCAACGUAUCAGCUUUGGAAAGGUGACUGGUACCUUCCUCGUCAACGGCCGACCGCUGCCUCUUUCGUUCCAACGGGCUACCGGAUUCGCAGAGCAGAUGGAUGUUCACGAACCUACUACUACCGUUCGAGAGGCCCUAAGGUUCUCAGCAUUGCUCCGCCAGCCAAAGGAGGUACCUCAGUUCGAGAAGUUUGCAUAUGUUGAAAACAUCCUUCAACUACUAGAAAUGGAGGACAUUGCCGGGGCCACUGUUGGCUCUCCCGGAAACGGUUUGAAUGAGGAGCAGCGCAAGAGAUUGACGAUUGCUGUAGAACUGGCUGGCAAGCCCGAGUUGCUCAUGUUCUUGGAUGAACCGACGAGUGGACUGGACUCCGGUGCCGCGUUCAAUGUGGUUCGAUUCCUGAGGAAGUUGGCCGAUGCUGGACAAGCAAUUCUAUGCACGGUUCAUCAGCCCAGCGCAGUUCUCUUCGAGCAUUUCGAUGAACUUAUCCUGCUCAAGAGCGGAGGGGCACCUGUUUAUUGUGGACCUCUCGGACAGGAUUCACAAGCUAUGAUCGAAUACUUCGAAGCAAACGGUGCACCUAAAUGUCCACAGCACAAGAACCCAGCAGAAUACAUGCUGGAAGCAAUCGGCGCUGGCGAUCCGAACCGCCGUGAAAAGGACUGGGGACAAAUUUGGACAAACAGCGACGAAUGCCGACAGAGAAUAAAGGAGAUCGAAAUGUUCAUUCAAGACCGCUCGCAGAUGAAUUCUUCACAGCUGGCGGACGACCGUCAAUUCGCCAUGCCCUGGAACACUCAGGUAACCACCGUCGUGAAGCGAACUUUUAUUUCGCAUUGGAGGUCUCCCCAGUACAUUACGGGCAUCUUUGCAGUACACGCCUUCACUGGGCUUUUUAAUGCCUUCACUUUCUACCAGCUCGGUAAUUCGGGUAUCGAUAUGCAGAGCCGGUUAUUUACUGUGUUCAUGCUGCUGACCAUCAGUCCGCCCUUGAUGCAACAAUUACAGCCGAAAUUUCUCGGGCUCAGAGACCUAUUCAUCGCCCGCGAAAAUAGUUCCAAGAUUUACCACUGGAGCGCCUUCGUCAUUUCCGCAAUCGUAGUCGAAAUACCCUAUCGACUCGUCGCUGGUACCGUCUACUUCGUCGCCUGGUAUUUCCCGAUCGGAUUCUCGCGCGAUGCAUCCCGUGUCGGAUAUGUGUGGCUCAUGAUGAUGCUCUUCGAAUUCUACUACCUUGGACUCGGCCAGCUGAUCGCGGCAUUCUGUCCGAACGAGUUACUCGCCUCGCUGUUGUUACCCAUCUUCUUCCUCUUCGUGGUCUCCUUCUGCGGAAUCGUCGUUCCCUACGCAAGCAUCCCCUACUUCUGGAGAAGUUGGAUGUAUUGGGCCUCACCGUUCACCUAUAUGCUCGAAGGCUUCCUUGGCGUCCUUACACACGACGUUCCCAUCCGCUGCGACGAUACCGAGUACGGCCGUUUCGCUCCGCCGCAAGGAAUGUCCUGUCAGGAGUACGUCAUGCCUUUCAUUCAACAGGCCGGCGGGUACGUCCGAGAGAUGGUGAGAGGACAGUGCGAAUUCUGUCAGUUUCAAGAUGGCAGCGAGUUCGCUCGCAGCUUUAAUCUACAAUACGACAACAGGUGGAGGGACAUUGCAAUUGUUGGGGGAUACAUCGUCUUCAAUUUCAUUUGCGUCUUUGCGUUUAUUUGGCUGUUUCUGGGCCGUUACAAGAGGUUUAUGGGGAAGAAGUAG